AUGUCUGCUUCAUUGAUUAAUCGUUCUUUAACGACCAUUAGAACAGAAUUAGAUUUUUUAAAAGAAUCGAAUGUCAUCUCAAGUGACGUUUUUGAUCAGAUAAAUAAGAGCCUACCUGUGAGAUGGAAUCCUUCCAGCGCCGCUCGCGACACCAGCUCAGCAUCUUUGGAAUAUGUGGAGGCCCUUUAUCAAUUCGAUCCUCAACAAGAUGGUGAUCUAGGCUUGAAACCAGGGGACAAGGUCCAACUCUUGGAGAAAUUGUCUCCAGAGUGGUACAAGGGUAGUUGUAAUGGCCGUGUCGGUAUCUUCCCCGCUAACUACGUCAAGCCGGCCUUUUCUGGUUCUAACGGAUCAUCGAAUCUUCCACCACCUCCACAAUAUAAAGCUCAAGAAUUACAGCAAGCUCCAACGCAAAAUAGUGCUGUUUCAUCUUAUCAACAACAACCAUUCCCUCCUCCUUCCACUAACUAUUACCAACAACCGCAACAGCAGCCACAACAAGCUCCUCCUCAACAGCAGCCAAGUUCUCAUAAUCAUUUGAAGAGCUUCGGUAGCAAGUUAGGUAACGCUGCCAUCUUCGGCGCAGGUGCUAGUAUUGGGUCGGAUAUCGUCAACAGUAUCUUCUAA